ACAAGUAAAGAUUUAUUCCAUGCCGGAAAGAGAAAAACAACGUUUCGGUUGUCUAAAUAUAAUGAGGAAUUCGACUCGAUUCAAAGUGUGGUACGCCUCACGCACUUCCCCCUUCUUCAAAGUAUUACGAGUCAUAGCUCAGAUUGUCCCUGCUGCUCUGCCGUAGUAGCAAGCCGUAGAAAAGCAGGGAUGGUGGAAUAAGGUUAAGGAAGUAUCGUUUGUUAGUCAACAAUGUGAAAAUGGACCUCUGAUGUUGCACCAUUAGAAAUCAUGAAAUCUGAAGCACACGCACAAAACAAGCAGGCAAGCAAGCUGUCACCUGAAGUUGAAACAUUUGUGCCCAAACGAAUCCUGAAGGAACCUGGAGCUGAACCUCUCAAAGUCAGUGAGAUUCCAGACUCUGCAUCGUCAGCCCGUCUCUGUGUCCAAGAGCCUGGUGUGGGAAGUGGACUUCACUCCUUUGAAAAAAAUGGCAGGGAAAGGAAACCUCAGUGCCCAUCGGGUCCGGACAUAAUGGGCCCAUCGUCACCAACGGCCUCUUCUUCACUUCCUACUUGUCACCCCAGAGUUCAAAGUAAACACAUCCCCAAUGAAGAUGGCUCCCCCAAAAAAUACAGCAGCACCCGUCGAGGCAAAAAAGCCACACAAGAACAAGAGACCCUGUCCGGCAAACAGUCCAGAAGGGUCAGUUCAGAGCAGCUGCAAUCUUCCGAAAAGAAAAAGGCACCAUGGUCAAGUACUGAACCAGGUCCUGUGGGACAUGGGGUGACGGGAAGACCGUCUGAAGGAAUGACAGGGGAAUGUAGCCCAAAGAAACUGGGCAACAGAGGUCGAAAAUCAGCGCCAAAGAUAGUGGAGAGGUCCAGGCCGCAGCCAAGAGAAGCUGCUGCAUUUGAAGUGAAGCUUUCAGAUUUUCCACAGCUGGAGUCUGCUACUGUCUGUGUCCAGAGAGAGCAGAAAUAUUGUGUGAGGAAAGAAGAAACUACUGACCCCCUUCAGUGCAGUUCUGCUGGUAAUAGUGUGGACAUGCCAUUAGCAUCUUCCGAAGCUCAGUUUCCAGAGCCAAACUUGUGCAUCUCAGCAAAUUCUCCAUCAUCCUGGGCCACCAUUGCUUCUCAGCCACCACAGAGGGACAUCCCCAAAAAACCUGCCAGUCAGCCUCUACAACAGAACUCUGCCACUUCACAGAAUCGGAGCAAAUCAUCUGAAGGUGAACUGCAGCAAGUCUCUGAGAAGAAAAAGAAAAGAAAGAAAAAGGCCAAAAAGCCUUGUGAUGCAGCAGAAAGCAAUCAGCCUGAGUCCCCUGUUGUUGUUCAGGAGCCCCCAAAGUUUGAGGAUGAAGAAGAGUUUCCAGAUUUGGGUGUUGCCUUUGUCAGUUCUACCAAAGCACACAGCACUGCAACUUACCCACUCCUCUCCUUCAACAACAUAACAAAGAGGAGUAAAGAGGUUGCUGAGAGCAAAGGCACCUCUCCUCUUAGUUCUGCAACUCCUGCUGCCGAGCCAUCAGUGAGCACGAGGAAAGACAAGACUCCGGCACAUCAGCCUCAAUGCACAGAGGCAAAGGGACAGAAAGCUGAGAAGACAAGUGGAAAAAAGAGUAAGGUCCCUGUGCAGUUGGACCUAGGAAAUAUGCUGGCAGAGCUUGAAAAGAAGCAGCAAUCCCAGAAAUCCAAGCAAGAUCACAAACCAGUUAUAUUGUCAGUUGGAAGAUCACUUCCUGUGGUUCACAAGGAUCCUUCCACACAGAAGAAGCACCCCAGACAGCUUGAGAAAGUGGCUCACAAUCCCCUGGACUCAACAAGCCCUCUGGUAAAAAAAGGCAAACAGCGAGAGGUUCCAAAACCCAAGAAGCCAACUCCUCUCAAAAAGAUUAUUCUGAAGGAAAGGGAGGAACGAAAACAGCGCCGUCUGUUGGAAGAACGUGGAUUGAUCCCCUCUCCCUCAGACUUGCUGCCGUCUGCAGAUCAGCACGAGGGUCCAUGUGAGAAACCAGGCACCGAGCAAGACCAUCACAGUUCUGCAGAUACUGUAGAGGAAACUAGCACUGCUCUCUUCGAGCAGCUUGAAGAACAAGCGCAGGAGGAACAAGAGCCCAGUUCUUUUGAAAAGGACACGGAGGAGGCCGUUCUAUUGGGAUCCCAGCUAGUUUCUAAUCGUCCCAAAAUACACAGCAGGCGAUUCAGAGAGUACUGCAAUCAGGUGCUCAGUAAGGACGUGGAUAACUGUGUGAUCAGCCUUCUGAAGGAGCUGGUGCGGUUUCAAGACCGCCUCUACCAGAAGGAUCCCAUGAAAGCCAGAAUGAAGAGGAGGCUUGUCAUGGGACUCAGGGAGGUCCUUAAACACCUGAAGCUUCGAAAAGUGAAGUGUGUCAUCAUCUCUCCCAACUGUGAAAGAAUAGAGUCCAAAGGGGGUUUGGAUGAGGCCCUGCACAAUAUUAUUGACACAUGUCGAGAACAGAAUGUUCCUUUUGUGUUUGCGCUCUCUCGCAAAGCGCUGGGUAGAAGCGUCAAUAAGGCAGUUCCUGUCAGCCUGGUGGGGAUUUUCAAUUACGAUGGUGCGCAGGAUUAUUACCAUAAAAUGAUUGAACUGUCCUCUGAAGCCAGAAAAGCCUAUGAGGAGAUGAUUGCAAGUUUAGAAAAUUCUGAUGGAUCUGACGAACAGAGAGAUUAUCCUGCAAAUCAUUUGCCAGUGGCAGUGCAGAGUAAUGGCUCAGCUCCCAGCCCAUCUCCAUCUCAAAUGGAGGAACCAGAGUACAUAAAAAUAUGGAAGAAAAUGCUUGAAAAGAACUACAAUCAUCCAUUUUUAAACUUUGAAGAGUACAUGGGCACACGGAAAAUGGACAGUGAAUCAACACUGAAGGCUGAUGACGACUUUGGCAGUUGAUGAAAGUAUAUGAAUAUUGAACAAUAUGAAUCUUGAUAAAUGUCGAUUUUUGUUUCUUAUUAGUUUGUAAUACUUGAGUAGGUCACCACAGGGAUUUUACUGGGAUCAGCAGCUAACUAAAGAUUUUUUUUUGGGUGUGAAUUAACAAUAUGAAGUGAUUUUGAAGUAAACGCUGACAAAGAAAUGGUGGUGUUUAGACGUUGGCUGGAAUAUAGGGCUUUGAAUAUGUAGAAUAAAAAUACAAUGGAAAUUAAAAUGUGAAUCAUUCACUUUCUGGAAAAAAUAUUAGGUGGAGAGAAGUGCUGGAUUUAGUUUUAAAUUAUGUAAAACGAUGAUAUUACAUAAGAAAUGCCCAUUUUUUUAUCUAGAUUCUUGUUAAAAAUUAAUCACACUAGAUUUAAUUGUGGAUUGUUUUAAGACUUGGGUCUCUGGUAAAAACAUCUAGAUCAUAUUGAAAAGAGUGCUGGUCCAGUGUACACUUGGAUCUUGUUCACUGCAAACAUCAUAUGUCAUGUUGCAGGCUCCACAGUGCCUGACUGGAGAGUUAGCACUGAUGGAAGAGCAGCGCAUCUUGUAUAAGCAUCACUGAUAGCAUCUGAUAUCCAUCUCAAUAGCUAAUAGCUGAGCAGACUUUGUCUGACAAACUUAAUUCCUUUGUCUUUCUACCAGUUAUGCAUCAACACUGUAUAAUGUGUAAUGCAUGUGAAUGUGAGUUUUGGUCACAUAUGCCUAGUUAUGUGACCUAGGCUUAAACAAGGGAUGUCUGCAGCAUGGGUCUAAACCCACAUUCCAAGCAAGUACCUUUACUUAUUAAGCAACUGCAGAGUACAGGAGAUGUUUUCAAGUCCACAAAAGUCUUUAGUUGGAAAAGACGUGCAUGGAGAAGAGGAGCAUGGGUAAUCAGAAUCAGUGGAUAAUUUAGGAAACUAAAGAACACCUCUUUUCAAGGCAGUAGGUAUGGAGAACAAAGCACAGGAAUUAUCAAUACAAGCAGUAAAUGUACAGGGUGUUAAUAAUAUUGGUCGACCACCUUGUAGAAAUAAGUCUUAUAAGAAACAAUGAUAUUAGUACACAUACAAUAAGGAUUUUACAACUUUUAGAAGUUAACAUUAGGGUAAAAAUGAAAUUAUGGCUUUUUUCUCUAGUGCAAAGUUUCAACAACAUAUUUUUCAAGUACAAAUAUACAAAAUAGUGUUGAACAGUGUAGUUCAUCAACAACAUUAUGUUCAGACCACUUUUUGCAUUCCAUCUCUGGCCUUUAUGGAAUCAUAUGCACAAUUCCUGUGUGACUUUAUAGAUGCUGCACUGUCACCCGAGACUAUAGAAUGCUCAUUUCUCACACUUUUCGGCAGGGAGAACAUUUGUAGAAGCCUUAGAAGUUCCAUAGAUGAAGCUAUCAUACACAAAGUGUGAUUAAUUUAACAUCACUGCCACGGCCAUUUUAUGGACCGAGAAGGGGCUUCCCAUCAUCUAAGUGUUCACCAGUCCUAGUUUUUGCAAUUUCAUCUUGGCUGGUAAAUUAAUCAGUUUUCAUUUCCAUGAUUAUGUUUUGUUUGGAAAUCCUAGAGAAUAUCUUCUUGCUCACAGAUUUCCUGAAGGAGAAGAACAAAAAGAGGAAAAUAAUGAAUGUGUCCGAGGAGACGGACAUACAGACAAACAGUACAUUUUGGAGUCAAUGGCGCUAAAACAUUAUGUUAAUCAUGAAAUCUAGUUGGUGAACGAAGCUUUAAAAUGUGAACAAAUUAUUAUUUCAUUUGAAAGGUGUGUUUUGUUGGGAUUUUACUUUCUAUUCCAAUAUUAUUUCAGCGAAAUAAUGUCUCCUGAAAUCAGUGCAGUGACUGGCUGAAGUUGACUGUGCUUGACGUGACUGUUGGAACACAUGUUCAUGGACUAUACCAGACGGAGUAUGUACUUGAAAACUGAGAAUAAAAAACAAUCCUGCUUUGA